AUGUCUUUGCCCACCUCUGGCCCUGGCGCUCAAUCUGAAUUUCAAUCUCAAUUUCAAUCUCAAUCUCAAUCUCAGCCAGGCUCCCAACCAGGCUCUCAGCCGCAGUCUGAACCUCAAUCGCAACCUCAGCCUCACGCACAGCCUCAGCCUCCAGCUCAGCAGCAGUCCGCCCCGUCUGCUCUCUUCCUCCGCCCCUCGGAGCAUCGUGACCGUGGCAAUCCCCUCCCUCUCUUCUCCUUCCAGCAGCCCAACCCGUCGCCGACCAGCACCAGCCUCGUGCCGUCCACCGCCGAGGGCAAGCCGAUCCCCGUCGACGACUCGACCGUAGAAUACCGCACCUCGGCCCUGCGCGAGCUCAACCACAACUUCCCGAGCCACCGCUACGCAAAGUCCACCGGCGCCCAGAGCAGCACCUACUCGGAGCCCGUCAUCGUCCGCAGCUACUACCCACCAUUGCCGUCCAGCAGGCCGACCAGCUCGUCCCGCGGCCCCGCCAUCCACGGCGGUUCCAUCUCCGGCUCUGGCGUUGGCGCCGGAUCCCAGGUCGGCCGAUUUGCUGAGGCCGUCGCCGGCGGUCUUCCCCUCCCGUCGCGGCUGGUGUCGGGCGAGCACGGCAUGCUAAGCACCAUGGUCCUGUCAUUUGGAAAGAAGCCGGUCAAUGGCCGGGUCGAGGACGAGGCUCGGCUGCCCCCGAUAGAUGCCUUUAGCUUCAAGAGCUUCAUGGACAAUAUAGAAGCCCAGGGCGGCGGUCUCGCCGGCGAUAUCAGUGCUGACCUGGACCGCAUUGCCGAGAUCUGUGCGAGGUCCAGGUACUCGCUGAGCAACCAGUAUGAGGUCCAUUACACCCCCCAUGGUUCUGGAGCCUCCUUCUUGCACCCUUCAGCCCAGUCAAACGACUCUCAAGGCCCAACUUUACAGGCCGUCUCCGCAGAGGACGAGCACAGCGUAGCAGCAUCAUCAACCCGUAGGAAGAGGCGUAUGGCCCGAAGGAAUAGCCGAGCUGUAGGAACACUAGAAACCAUCAUCUCAUCCAGUCGGUCCUCGGACGAAGAGCAGGCCAGCAGAAAAAAGUCCGCGGCCGAGAUUGCCGAGGAAGUUCGCGGCCGAUCAGCACAAAAGAGCUCGGGGCAUUCCUCUGCGAGCAGCUCUUCGAGCGGAACUCUUGACGAGCACCGAGACUUACAUCUGGAAGAUCAAGCUGCGCCGAAGAAGUCAGCGUCUUCCUUAGCUCUCAUUGAUGCUUCUACCCGACACAAUGGCGUGGCUGUAGACUCUCCACGAACCUCUGCCACCGGUCUGGUCAGCGAACCGGCACAGCCUCAAGAAUCUACCAGCCAGCUUGAAAUCCGCACAGCUGCAAGUGAAGUUGCAGAGGGACAGCCUGUUGUCGUCAAAGACACGCCACACCAUCCCAAGCGAUUGGGCCACUCUGUCGCAAAGGGGGCUAUCACGCCUAUCGGAACGGACAUUGCUAGCGGUGGCAUUCUCUCCAUCAUCAACGGCUGGAUGCCCUGGAGGCCAUCGUCUCCGUUUAUCCACCACAGGGGCCUUGCUGAGGGCAGCCUUCGUGAGCUACUGAGGAGCACGGAGCCGAAAGGAAAAGGCCCAGAGAUACUGCAAUAA